AUGGCUGUUUCAUUGCCAAUGGAGUCCAACCCGGACACUAUGAACAAGUAUUUGCAGAAAUUAGGUGUGUCAGAUAAAUGGCGUAUGGUUGACGUCAUAGGCUUAGAAGGUGAGGCUUUACAGUGGGUUCCACGGCCUGUGCUAGCUGUUGUAUUGCUUUUCCCUCUUUCGGAGGCCUAUGAAAAACAUCGCACUGAGGAAGAGAAAGAACUCCAAGAGAAAAAUGUACCGCCCCCUAAAGAUUUGUUUCAUUUAAAGCAGGUUCUUAGUAAUGUAUGCGGAACUAUAGCUUUAGUGCAUAGUGUUGCAAAUAAUAUCAAUAACAUCGAUAUAAGCGAUGGUCUUCUCAAGAAUUAUCUGACUGAAGCUAAAGGUCUCGACGCUAGUGCCAAAGGAGCGCUGCUCGAGAACUCUACAGCCAUUCUAGAAGCAUAUAAGGAAAUUGCACGUUCAGAAGAUGAACCUGGAGAAACUGAGGAACAUGUAAACAAUCAUUUUGUUACUUUUAUCCAUAAAGAUGGUGGUUUGUACGAGUUAGACGGACGUAAGUCAUUUGCUGUUAACCAUGGCAAUACAACUCCUGAAACACUUCUGGAAGAUGCAGCUAAGGUGUGCCGUCAAUUCAUUGCCAGAGAACCUGACAAUAUCGGGUUUACUGUAGUAGCCCUCGUGCCUGCAUCUUAA